AUACACUCACACUUGCACACCUUCUCUCCUCUCUUCCUCUAUUUCUCUCUACAAACUUCUCUUUCUAAACGCUCUUGCUCGCCUGUCGCAUAUGUCAUCACUUUGAAGUUCCUUUUUUCCUCCGCCGAUCAGGAAUCAGUUUGGAUGCCAUCUCAAUUCUUUAUCGCUGGUUGCACUAAGUAAAUGGUAUGUGGAACCCACCUGCCUUAACUGCCACAGGGGAAGGGCAAGACCUCGAUUCUGUAACUACUAUGAUAGGUGGAGCUGAUGAUCCUGGCCAUAUUAAGUUUUACCAAUUUGGUUCAGUGAGUUUCCCUGAUGUUCAUCAGAAUGAUGUACAAGGAGAUUGCUUCUCAUACCUCUCCGAGUUCAAGACUGAAAACAAGAGGUUGUGUUUGGAUUUGAACCGCUUAACAGAUCCCAAGACUGAUGCAAAUUUCAUUGAUAUCAAAUUUUUAGAUGACAAGUCUGACUUCAAUGAAGUGUCUCAAACCUCGUAUCCGGAGGUGAUGAUGAGCGAACUUAACGAUUUAAUUGAUGAAAGUAAUACCGUCCCUGCUGAUUGUUCAGUGAAUUAUAAAAAACUAGAGGCGGACAUCAAUUUCAUGCCACAGUCGUGUGAGUUGGUUUCAGGUUAUCCCAUAAAGGCUCAUGGAAGAGAAGAUAGAAAUAGCAUAAUUUGUAGGUUACCUAUGAGUUCUUCUCCUUCUCCUUCUUUCGAAUGUGGCACAUCAUCCGUGCUGCCUUAUCCAAAUUGCUCUCAACAAAUUGUCAAUGGAAAUUUUCUUAGUCUUGGCAUAGGAGGUGGUAUGGAUACCAAAUCCAAUAGUAAGUUCAGUACUCGAGAAAUUGCCAGUAAAUUGGCGGAUCCUCUACCAUCCCACUAUAUGGUUCCUAUUGUUGGACAAACUCCAACGAACCCUUCGAGUCUUACUCCAUUAGUAGGCUGGCAAUCAAAUGUUGGUGCAUUAUCAAGCUCCUCAUUAGCCGACACCCGUGUUGAAGGUGUACAUUAUGGAGACACUAGGUCAAAGAUAAAUCCAAUCCAAUUUCCUGGUUUCCAGGCUCCACAAGCUAAUCCACGCUCUAACUUUCCAACAACGUAUGAUAAUUUUGGGUUUAACCUGAAUUCAUCAUUGUCGCCUUCUGUAAUUCCUAUAAACCCUCAAUGUGGAUUUGUCAACCAGAACCUGUUGGGGACUCAAAUGCCUAGGCCUACAUCUUUUUCGAGGCAAGGUAUUCGUCUUCAACAACAUUACAACAGCAGAAGUUCCAUAAAUGCGCCUUCUGAAUCUGCAUGGUACAAAGGAAGCCCCGUGGGUCAUGAGCAACUAGGAAGAUUAAUGCCACUGGCAGAAGCUAAACGACCCCGAAAUAUUGGUAGUGUUUGUUUUCCAAGGAGUGUUCAACCAGUGCCAGUUGGGAACCUGUCUUUGCAAGAAGAAGGUGCCACCAGUACAGGAUUCGCUAACACUUCUCCUUCCCCAUCAAAUAUUCAACCAGUUGGGCAAACACCUUAUUGUCAUAAUGUCAGCUCUAUUGCUGGUAGUAGCUUAAUAUCUGAUAGAUUCGCAUACCCAAUUCCAAGAGUCAGCCCAAUCCAGUCUGCGGCCACAUUCCCUAGGAGGCUUGGUGUUCAACCUGCUGAGCCUACUCCUCAAACCAUUGGAGCCAUUCCUGAAACCCGUCUACCAGUUCAUGCUUACCCUGUUAGACCCAUAGUUCCAUCAGGCCAGCAUCAGCAUGCAGUGCCUGCUCAAGUGCCUACUGUUUCUUCAAGGCCCGAUUAUUCAAGCAGUCAGGCUGCUCAACUUGCAAAAUAUGGGGUUGGGCCCCAUGGCAUUGUUUCUCGUCCACGUUUGAAAAGACAACAAACUGUAAACCCUUCAAAUGAACGCUUGCUUCAACGUAGAAAGAUAAGUCCUCGACCUGCUGUUAUACAUCAGCCGACCACUAGCAAAACGCCGAGUUUUCCAUCUACUCGAGCUCCUAUAAGAGCAACCAGACAGAUUCCACCUGAAGCUCCUCUUCAUAUAAAAUGGGAAGGCUCUGAUGAACCUAUUGAGCCAAGUGGACAUAAGUGUUUCCUGUGCAAGAGGGAUAUCUCGUUUACAACUGAAGGCCGAAUGUACCAGCCACCUAUCCCACCAGCUGCUGCCGUUCUACCUUGUGGGCACACAUUUCAUGACGAUUGCUUGCAGAAAAUCACACCCAAAGACUGUUUGAAAGAUCCUCCCUGCAUUCCUUGCGCUCUUGGAGAAACAUGAUGUGUAAUAGUCAAGUUUUUUGCUGCUGGAGGG